AUGGCGCAGCAGAAAGACAUCUGGUCAGCCGACCUUUACGGCGAAAAGGUGGCCCCAUUCGUUGCAACUUCGACUGAGAAGGUUCUGGCCUGGCUGGACCCCAAGCCAACUGAUGAAAUCCUUGAUAUUGGGUGCGGGGAAGGCCCCUUGACAGCCCGUAUAGCUCCCCAUGUCAAACGGAUCGUGGGAGUUGACGGCUCCCCCAACAUGAUCGAGCACUUCAAAAAGGCCUACCCACACAUUGAGUCGCGGGUUGUUGAUUGCCGACUGCUGGAUCAAGAGUCUGACCUGACAACCGGGAGUUUCGACAAAGUCUUUUCGAACGCUGCCUUGCAUUGGAUUCUCCGAGACCCUGAAACCAGGUCCAAUACGAUCAAGGGCUGUUUCGAGGCGCUCAAGCCAGGUGGCCUUCUGGUCAAUGAGUCCGGUGCACUGGGAAAUGUGGCCGAGGUGCAUUCCGCAAUUAUCAGUGGUCUAGUCACUCAAGGUAUUCCUGUUGAACAGGCGCGAGAAGCCUCGCCUUGGUGGUUCCCAUCGCAGCAGGCUAUGAAGGACCUUGUUGAAGGAGCGGGCUUUAAAUGGGUCAAGGGCGAGGUUCAACUUAGACAGACAACGCUAACAGAGAAUGAGAAGGGUGGUGUUGAAGGAUGGAUUCGUCUGUUUGGUGAGCCCUUUCUUCAACUCCUCCCGACGACCGAGGCACGCGACGCAGCCGUCAAACACGCUGUUGACGUCCUCGAGGCUGUUGGAAGACAGCAGCAUGAUGGUUCUUUUACUGUCAAUUACAUUCGCCUUCGCUUCGUGGCUCAAAAGCCAGAGUGA